GAUGAAGAAAAUUGAGAAAAAAUAGGCCAGCAAACACAACUAAUGAGAGACGCGUAAAUUGUUUAAGAUCAUCUCAUGGUCGCACACUGUGUGAGUCGCUUUCGAAAUAUUCAUUCAUGUCAAAACCGCUUCUCGCAGCUAAAAGCUAAAUUCGUGAUGAUGUGCGAUUUGUUUUGAUACCGAUCGCGAAGGAAACAAAACACGAAAACACUCGCAUGUGCCACCUGGCGGCGAAUUCGGCGAAAUUUGCAAAAUCGGUUACGCCCCCGUUCAGACUGUUCAGAGCCGGUUUCCAAAUAAAAAUAAAAUGCAGAAAAUGGAUUUUAUAAUCAAAAUUGCACAAUCACGUUACUUAUAAUCAUCUAGAACCAACUGAAAAAUCAUUAAGUCGCUGUCAACUGUCGACCUCUGACAUUAUUAUUGAUUUUUUUUGCUGGUAAAGAGGGUAGUGAAAUUUUGUCACUUAAAUUUAAUCUUAUUUAUUCCAUCUUUUAAACCGGAUUAAUUUACGAUAUAAUAUAAACAACAAAUAUCAUAAAAGAAAAAAAAAUGGCUAGUCCGGAGGAAAAAGUAGAGAAACCCAAGAACCAUUCACCCCAUGCUGUUAAUGAGCCAUGCCUGGCUGCGAGGAUGCCAUGGUUAUCUCUCAGGCGCCCCCAGAACCUGCCAAAAAUCACAGACAUGGCUUACUUUCAAGAUCAGAUCAGUUUGUUGUACGAAAACACAGAGGACAGCAACAAAGAGUUCAAUAUUUUUUUGUACCGACUGUGGACUCUUUCAAUGCCAUACAUUUUGCCAGAUAUGUGGCAACUCUAUUCCUCAUACUGCUCGUUCCUAGAGGCGCGUCUACCAGAGGUUAACCCUGAGGCAAAGAUGAGAUGCGCCUUGUACUAUUUCUGGACUACCCAAGCCCACGGAAAGGAAUUUGUAAAUGCUGUAACUGAAGCUGUUGACCCUAAAUUAGCAAUGCAGUCAAACAUUCUUGAGUAUCUCCAUAAAGUCCGUCAAGGUGUCUCGCCCCUAACUGAUCAGUGUGCCACGUUACCCAACAGCAUUGUCAAUCUCUUGCAAAUUCUCUACAACCCGGUCCUGCUGCACCAAUGGUUGCUUGUGGUCACGGAGCAGUAUUUUCGAAUUUACUCUCAACUCAUUGUGCCACCCGUACUAGAAUCUGUACCCCUUGGCGUUAAACAAAUGACGGAGUCACACAACGCCCUAAUGGCAGAAUUUAAAUGUCACAUCAGUAGUUUGUUUGAACACUUGGAAACAAUUAGGAAAUCAAGUUGGGAGCGCAAGAAACCGAAAGAGGUGUCCAGGAUAUGUGCAGAAAUAUUUGACACGCAUGUUGUAAAAAUACUCUUCUACAUUAAAUUUUAUGGAAGAAAUCAACUUGUGUCUAAAAGAUUGACAGAUUUGAAGAACAAAGUCCUUCACAACAAAAUGUACACAGACACAUUGCUCUUCAGCGAAACUUUGAUGCAACAGCAUGACACCUCCUUCGAACAUGGUUUUAAAUUUUUCAACGGCAACAGCUUCACUUCCAGAUUUACAUUCUCGACGCCUGACCUGCCACCUUUAUUUGCCAGUGACGAUGCACCUCGUCGACCUCCUAGCUCUGAUGUGAUGCUUCGGUAUUUCACCCCAGAUUAUGUAGAAAAGCCAUGGUUGAAAUGGUUUCCGACGGAAACUGAGUUUAACGAAGCUCAUUUUGACAUCAUAUAUCUUCGUGGUCCUCACUUCAAACAGCUUGUUGAUGAGCUUGACAUGCAAUAUGAGAUGACAACAGAACUGUGUGAGCAAGAUUAUGGAAUGCUGCACUCUGCUAUGAUUGCUCGAUAUGAAAUGAGGAAAAGCGAGGUUGAGGCUAUACUUAAAACUUUAUUCUGGGCAGAACUGACCCGCGUUUUGGAACCAAAAAUAAAUCGGCCUUCAACUUUCCUGAACUUUCCUACAGACGACUCAAGGACAGCAAUUCUAAACCUGUGCUACCAAGAUUUAGCAGACGAACAUGCACAAUACCAGGAAUUUUUCGAGACUGCUUGUUUGAAAAGCACUGUCAGAUGUUUAGAAGGAGUUCUUAUACCGCGACCCAGAGAAGCUAAAAGCUUUUGCUCGCUUCGCAAAAGAAAAUCUGGUUGGAUGGAAUUGAAUGACAUGAUUGACACGAUUGUUGUGGAACUAAUGAGAAUGCAGCAUGGGCUGGAAAAGGAAGUCAAAUAUACACCUGAAUUUCCAGUAGUCAAGUACAUUCUGCCGUGGUUUGUGUCUAGCCACUUUUAUGUAUACCGCGCCAACGAGGAAUGGCGAAAUUUGCACACCAUCCAUGAAAGAUAUAUGCGCUUCGUGUAUGAUCUCAUCACCAGCUACAGCCCGUCAAAAUGCGUUUUCACACUCACAAGUCUGCAAACGUUCCCGAGCAUCCUUUCUCUGAUCUCUCAAAACUCCAAUGUGACAUUUGUUGAAAUCCUUAAGUGGAAACUGAAAUGCAUCGAGUCCGAGUAUAAAAGACUGUUUUAUAAAGAAGAAAAACUUCCCAUUUUAGAAUCCCAUUUUCUUGAGCAGCUGAAAAUUUUUAUUGUGUUCGAUUCAUGUCUAGAUUUCAAAGGGAAAGACAAAAUGUGGGAAAAUAACUUUGCCCUAAGCUCAAGAUCCUCCUAUAGAUAUUUGUCUAAGGUGGCAUAUGCAUUAAAAUUCUCCGCUGACUGGUUGGAAUGUAUGGAAUAUGAGGACACUGUGAAAGUCAACCAACUACGCCAAGAAAGCCUGUGGUUUUUUGUUAAUUUAAUUUAUAGCCUGUCAAACACUAAAAAAAAGCAAAUUAGUGCAAUGAUUGCUGUUUGCAUUGACCAUUUGAAAUUCAAAAUGAAGGAAACUGAUAUGGAAAGUUGCAUUUCUACGAAUGUACCAGAAUUGCUGGUGGAAAUUCAGUCUUUGAAAUUCAAACAGAUUGCUGGACUUGUGACCUAUCUUAUCAUUAGCAAUGUAAAUGAGCACAAGAAGUCUAAAAAACGGUCAGAAUUUUCUUGUCUUGAGCCUCUGGACGACUUGGAGAGAGCCCUGUUUGGCAUUCUCAGAAAUGAUCACUGGGAGACAAAGCAGGUUCUCUCCCAGUUGUGGUUCAAUGAUGACUCUGACAGGCAAGACUUGUCUCUGGUGACCUUUGAGUUUGCUAAGUCAACUGCUCCGAUACUGUAUGCUCAUGCUCUAGCAAAUGUGAACCCAAAAUCUUGCUUAAAGAUGACUAAACCGGGAGAAAUUACUUUCUGUCCAAUCAAACACUGCAGGUGGUGCGGAAAAGUUGACGUUCAAGAGUUUAGAAUUUGCGAGGAGUGUCUUUGUAAUGAAGAGUAUCCUGAUGUCAACUUAUUCUGCUCGGACAUUUGCGAAGACAGUGCGAUGAAAAAAAGGCACAGAGAUGAGCAUGAACGAUUUCUUUUUUCAAAGUGUGAUAUUUAGGAAAGCACAAUUGCAUUAGACUUUUGGAAAGCCAUUUGACUGUAUUCAGUUAACAUUUUUGUAGCUUUUUUGUUAUUUUGUUUUGUUUAUACCAUAUUUCAUAAUUUUAAAAAUAUAUUGACUGUCUUCUUUU